UUUGCACAAACACCCUAUUGCCAGCCGAGCUGGCUCCGUCACAUGACCCCUCGAAACAUGAAACCCGGCCGGGCGCUCGGGCAAGUUUUGCUUCUCGUCCCAACACACGAGGAGUCGCCUGGCGGGCCGCGCGCAAAGGCGGCGCUAAGGGGAUCCGCGAGGAGGCGAAGCAGCCAGGGGAGUCAUCAGCGGGAAUCCAGCCUUUCUCUCUCGGGAACGAGCCGGGAAGCCCCCUUCAGUCCCUGCCGACUCGGAUGCCCGUUUGUCCGAGGCAGUCGCCUCGCCUGGCAGCAUGGACAAGUUCAAUAAAAUCACGGUGCCAGCGGGACAGAAGUUCAGGCAACUUCAAAAGAUAGUACACGAUAUCAAGAAAAAUGACAGCGGAAUAAUGAGCAAGUUCAAAAAGUUCCAAAAUGAACAAAUGGCCAUAAUUUGCAAAACUGGAAAAAAUACAUGGGAUCGGCUAACAAAUAAACCACCACCAAGUGUGCCACCAGUAGAUUAUAGAGAGGCAGAGGAAGAGGAACAGUGGUCAGAUGAAUUUGAUAGUGAUUAUGAGAAUCCUGAUGACCACUCUGAUCCUGAGAUGUACGUGGUUCCCACCGAAGAAAACCCUGAUGACAGCUAUGAGCCCCCACCAAGCGAGCAGGAAAAGAAGAUUCCAGCAGCCUUCUCAUGUGCUGGAGGAGAAUAUGCAGACAACAAGCGGCCUAGUCCACAGAAGCCUUGGCCCGUCACCAAACCACUGCCUACUUUGCCAAGCAACUCUUUAUCUAAACCAAAGAAACUGGCCACUUUGCCCUUGCCGCCUGCUGCUCUCAGGCCAAUACAACCACCUAAGCCUAAGGAUGAUGAGGCAGAUUACGUUGUACCUCUAGAAAAUGACGAUGAAGAAGAUAAUUAUAUUCAACCCACAGAAGAGAGCACUCCGCCACCUAAAAAACCCCCAGUGGUGAACAGAUUGAUCAAGCCCAUGCAAAAACUCGAUCCUCCCAGUUCGCCAGCAUUGCCCCCUGUUCCUGCAUCGCCUUCAACAUUAGAUGUCUAUGAGAUUCCCGAGGAAGAGGAAAAAGCACUCCCUCCAUUGCCCAGGAAUUCCAAGCAACUUCCUCCGAAACCUGGACAGAGACCUGAACCCAGAGGACACUCGCUUGAACACAAUGCAGCUAAAGAGCCCUUUAAACCUGACGUGCCCAGAAAUGUUUUGCCACUUCCUAGGAACCGGCCACCACCAAAAAUUGAACCGGAUAGCCUCGGAAUACAAGAUGAUGACAAUCUCAGCAGCAACAGCGCUCCAGAAUUCAAGGCUCCUUCUGCUACAGUCCCAUCUCCAUUUCCACGGAUUCCGAAAAAAUUACCAAAUCCAGCACUGCCAUCAAAACCAAGCCUCCCUGACAGAGAUCACCUAACUGUUAUUGAAGAUAAACCUAUACCAGCUGAACGCCGGCGCGUUUCCAAUCAUGAUAUCCCUCUUCCACCCAUCCCACCCAGCAUCCAAAAACCGCUGCCUCCGAAGCCAGCAACGCUGCCAAGACUCCCAGAACCCGUGAACCGCACCUCAUGUGCUCCACGUAGUAGUAGCCUGCAAGGUGGUUCUACUGCAGCAGAACAGGAUGCCAGCGUUCAUGGUAAAGCAUGGUUUAUGGCUUCAAGUGAUCGAAAAACAGCUGAAGAUGCAUUAUACAAAUCAAACACGGAUGGAUCUUUCCUAGUAAGGAAGAGUUCAGGACAAGACUCAAAGCAACCAUAUACACUUGUUGUGCUUUAUAACAAGAGAGUAUAUAACAUCCCAAUCCGAUUUAUUGAAUCAACAAGACAGUAUGCUCUGGGCAGAGAAAAAAGUGGCGAAGAGCACUUCAACAGUGUGGCUGAAAUAAUAGAUAAUCAUCAACGGACUUCUCUCGUUCUCAUUGACAGUCAAAACAACACAAAAGACUCAACCAAACUGAAAUCUAUUGCUAGAGUAUCAUAACUGCACUGAAGAUCCACGGGGGGAAAUCUUCCAGCCCUUAUCUUCUGAGAAUUUAAGAUUGAGCAUCUUAAUAAGAAAGCUUUACACCAAGCACCAGAGCCUGAGAAGACCACACAAUGUGUAAGAAGAGAAAGAGAGAUUUUAUUUGAUAUAGUUACCCAGUCUUUGAAUAACCUACUGGUUGGCUGAAUGAUGAAGUGGCAAUUUUACAGUCACACCAGCCUCUAAGUUGUUAUGUACUUGAAUGUACUUAGGUACUUUUAAGAUGUUCCAAGUCCAGGUAAAGUAUUCCUUGACAAGCGAUAUAUUCAGAAGAAGUGUACCAGCUACAUCUUAACUGUUCUUAAAGCAACUUCUUGGGAAAAUUCACAUUUGUUAAACCAGGAUGUCUACGCCAAAAUGAGCCAUCAUGGAACAAGCUAAAAACUGGACCUUUUUUUCCCUGGGACAGGUCUAAAAAUUCAGUUCUAUUUAAUGUAAUGCAGUAGAUUUGUAUUGGCUUCAACUGUGCUAGUUGAGAGCAUUGUUACAUGUUUAUUAAAUGUACAUAUAAAUAAGAAUAUAAAAAGCCUAUGAUAGAGCAUAGUUCUAUGCAAUUGUGACUGAGUGUACUUGUUGUAAUCUUUCACAUUUAAAGUACAACUUACCUACCUCUCAAAUUAUAUUAAAAUGGGACAUAAUCGCACACCUCUGCUUUUUUAGAAAUGGGUAACAGGCAAAUUCCUUGUGCUAAUCAUUUUACUGAUUGUGGGCAUGCAGGAUCAGCUAUCAAGGUUAGACUUAAGUUUGGAAUUUUAGACUGUGCACAAUUUAGGACAGGUGGGUAUAAAAUGAAAGUCUAAUCAUUAACUGAUUCUUGCGGGGAGGGGGGUGUAUUUUCCUCCAUCACAGAAUUUAAGACAAGAUAGAAGGCACAACUUUGUAGUGAAAAACAUUAUGGCUUGGAUCCAGCAAGCUAGUCACAGUGCUCAUGGAGCUUUUCCUAUAAUUAGCAAAGAGAGCUCUCUGCGUUUCUUGCCUUCUGUCAGUGAAACUAGAGUUGAGAUUUUGCUCCAAUUUUCCAAAGGACAACCCCCUUAUUUCUAAUCAAUGGCCUUAUUCCCCACCUUCCUUUUCCUUCCAGAUAUAUUUUGCAUCAGUUGCAUUUUACUACAUCCCAAUUGUUAUCUAAAUAAUUUUCCACUUGCUUCUGAGUUAUGCUAGAAUUUUUUGGACACAGAACACGUGGCUUGCCUUCCUGUUACUUCAAAACUGAGUAUUUUUCUUAAAACUCCAAUUUCUAUAAUACAGUGUUUCUAAAUGAGAAUUGACAGCAAAGACCUGGGGUCACGUUUUUUGUCAAAGCUCUGAUAACUACUCUCCUUCAGAAGGGAAAUGUAUUUCUGCUCAAAACUACACGCUUGUAUGAUUGUAUAGCCAAAUGAUUUUCAGCUCUCAUCUCAAGGUGAAUAAAGGUAAUUGAACAAUG